UGGCUCUGGGAGGCUUCUUCGCGACACCAGGUGGCGGCGCUUGACGGCUUGGAAGCCGGAAGUCGGAAGCGACCGGCUUCGUUCCGCCCCACCCAGCGAGAGGCGCCUGCGCCAAUCGGGCUCGGGCCGGCGGCUGGGGUAGACACUCGGAGCAAUGGGGAACGUGCCUAGCGCCUAUAGCGACGACGAUGAGCUCGAGGGCCCGGGCGAGGCCGGCGCGGCGCCGGGGGCCGGACCGGUGGCGGCUGGUGCAGAUGCCCCGGGCCUGCACCGCUCCCCGGGCCCUGAGGGCUCCCCCUCGGCCGCCGCUGCGGGCGGCCUACCCCGAGCCCCGGCGCUACUGGAGCCCGGAGCCCUGCGUGAGGCUGCGGCCCGCCUGAGCCCCGGAGCCACCCCCAGCCCGUCCCCGGCCUCCACUUCGGGGGCCUCGGGCCGGCCCCAGGCUGCCUUGCUGCGCUGGCUCGAGGAGCGCCGAAUCCGGGGCGACAUUGUGGUGAGCGUCGAACAGCUGCGGGAGGCGCUGGAGGCCCGCGGGGCAGGGGACGAGGUGGUCGGCCAGUUCGAGGCAGAGGGCGACGGCACUGUGGACGUGGAGACCGCGCUGGAGGCCCUGAAGAGCGCGCGGGGGGCCAGCCUUCCUGGGGAGCUGAGCCACGUCACGAGGCAGCUCCAGGCCUGCCCCCUGGUUCCCGGCUUCGUGGACAUCUUUGCCGAGGCCAGGGAGGGCCUGGGGGCCCACUGCUCCCUGAUCCUGCGCUUCCUGCACCGGCACCGCGUGGCCAGCGCGGCCAUCCCCUACCCGCUGCUGGACUACUGCCACACCAUCUCGGCCCUGCGCUCGUUGGUGCUCAAGGAGGCGCUCGAGCGCCUGGCUCGGAGGGACAAAGAGGGCCCGGGCGAGCUCGGCGGGGGCCAGGAGGCGGAGCAGCUCAAGUCCGUCGCCAAGUGCUACGCGUACAUCGAGACGUCGUCCAACUCGAUCGACAUCGACAAGAUGACCAACGGGGACACGGCGUCCUUCUGGCAGUCGGACGGCAGCGCCCGCUCGCACUGGGUCCGCUUAAAGAUGAAGCCGGACGUCGUCCUCAGGCACCUGUCCAUCGCCGUGGCGGCCAGCGACCAGAGCUACAUGCCGCAGCAGGUCACGGUGGCCGUGGGGAGGAGCGCCAACUCCCUGCAGGAGGUCCGCGACGUGCACAUCCCCAGCAACGUCACCGGCUACGUGACGCUGCUGGAAAACGCCAACAUCAGCCAGCUUUACGUCCAGAUUAACGUGAAGCGCUGCCUCAGCGACGGCUGCGACACCAGGAUCCGCGGGCUCCGCGCCGUCGGCUUUCAGAGAGUGCGCCGGGGCGGCGUCUCGGUGUCGGACGCUUCGGCCAUCUGGUACUGGUCCCUGCUGACGUCCCUGGUGACGGCGUCCAUGGAGACCAGCCCGGCGUUUGUGCAGACCGUCCUGCAGAACACGCAGAAGGCCCUGCAGCACAUGCCGCCGCUGUCCCUGUCGCCGGCGUCCACCGAGGGGGCCAGCUUCCUGUCGCCCAGCGUGCUAGGCGAGGUGGACAGCUUCCUGGUGAGGAUAACCAGCUGCUCGGCCAAGCCGGAGGUGGAGCUGACCCUGCUGGCCUUCGCUCUGGCCAGAGGGAGUAUCGCCAAAGUGCUCAGCUCACUGUGCGCCAUCACUGACCGCCUGGACACCCCCUACCAGGCCUCGGGCCUCCUUUCUUCCAUGGCCGCUGUCCGACAGAACCUGCUUUACAAAUAUGGCAGAAUCCUGCAGCCCACCCUGCAGGCAUGCGACGUCAAAGGGAAGGGAGAGAAGUCGGGACCGGAGAACCUUCUGGCUGAGCCGUGGACGGGAGAUGGUUUUCUUACAGAGACGGGCAAGACCAGGGCGAGCGUCAUCUUCUCGACGGGCACAGAGGCUGCCUUCCAGGUCACCCAGCUGAGAAUCAAGGUGCGGCGAGGCGGCAUCGGGGCCCAGUGCGGGCUGCUGUUUGCUUACAAUUCUGCCUCCGAAAAAUUCCACGCAGAGGAGCACUUUAAGAGAUUUGAGAAAUAUGACACGUGGAAGCUUCCUGAGUUUAGGCAGUUCCUGAAAAGCAGGAUGGGCAACUCCUCCACAGACCUCGGGGAGGACGAACCCGCCGGCUGGUUUGAGGCCGAGGAAGACUGGGACGAAGUGGAGGUGAAGAUGAAUUGUUGCCGCGUUGCCAAGUAUCUGAUGGUGAAGUUCUUGUGCACACGACGAGAGACGGCCGAGCGCCUGGGCGUCCAAGGCCUGAGUGUCUACGGCUACGUGCGCCCCGCGGCCGCCGAGCUUGGCACGGGCACGGCCUGCGCUCGCUGCGAGCCCGAAGCCGACCGCAUCUGCGGGAUGACCCUGCUGCUGAGGACGCUUUCCUUCAUCCAGCAGCUGGCCCAGGACCUGGCACGGCAGAAAGAAAGCGGGCUCAAGCACAAGCCCCUGCUGGACACGGCUGGCCUCCACCUGCAGCUCUUCUGGAGCUUUUACAGCCGCCUGGAGUCCAGGCCCAGAGAAGAGUGUGUGCUGGCCCGGACCCUGCUGCUGCAGCUUCUCCAGAGCUGUUUGGCUGACCUCACGGCCGACCCUCCGCCCCCCGCGGGCCAGGGCUGCCCGCCCGGGGAGAGGCCCGAGAGCCGCCGGCGUGCCCAGGCUGCCCCGGAGGAGCUCUACGCGCACCUGUGCCAAGUGGUGGACCAGGACGCCGCCGACUCUCUGCCAGCCAGGAGACUCCAAGAGGAAGUGAGAAACACGCUUCUCCAAGGAGCCGCCGUCUUCUUCCCCGAUGGCCAUGCCCGGCGCCGCCACCUGUUUGCCAUGAUGAAGAACGUCACGGAACAGGAGCAGAAGCCGUCGGCCCAUCUCACCUUCCGCUCCUUGUGUGCCUACUUCAGUGGCUGUGAUCCCGGGGGCCUGCUGCUGCUGCCUGACAAGGGCGGCUCCGAGGGGCUGGACGUGCAGGAAGCACUGGCGGUCAUGGACACCCUGCAGGCAGCCGCUGCCAGAGAGUGCGACGCGCUGAUGCUGGGCACGGCCCAAGGGGAGAGCAGCCCGGCCUUGUUCUCGCUGUUCUGGUCCGUGCAGGGGAGCCUGCUGUCCUGGUGCUACCUGCAGUUCAAGGGCAACGAGCCGCACGCCAAGAGGCUGGCUGCGGAGGUGGUGGAGAGAUAUGUGGGACAGUUCCUGGCCAGCGUGAGAAGGGCUUUGCGGUCACUGCUGUCCCGGUACAGUGGAAAGGAAGUCGUCGAACGGUUGUGUAACUCGGUGUUUGCCAUGGCCACGCGGCAGCUGGUCAUCUUCCUUCUGGACUUCUGCACCUUAGACCUCCCCCAUCUGACCCUCCUGAAGGAGUUCAGCACGUUGACGGAGCCGCUGAAGAGCCUUUGUGGCGACCCUGAUGGCGGAGGGCCCGACAGACUGGACAUGGAGACUUGGCAGCGGGAGCAGCCCGUGGUGUUGAACACGUGGAGCAUGGAGUCGGCCCACAACUACGAGAACAACUGCCACGAGGUGGCCGUCUUCGUGAGCCCCGGGGCCACCUCCUUCGAGGUCGUGUUUGACGACAAGUGUGAAACGGAGACCAGGUACGAUUACCUCGAGUUCACCGACGCCCGAGGGGUCAAGACGCGCUACGAUACCAAGGUCGGCACAGACAAGUGGCCCAAGAAGGUGACCUUUAGGGCGGGGCCCCGGCUGCACUUUCUCUUCCACUCGGACAGCAGCAACAACGAGUGGGGCUACAAGUUCACCGUCACGGCCUACGGCCUGCCGGACGUGGCCAUUUCCUGGGGCUUGGACCUCCAGCUCCUCGUCUCCAGACUGAUGGGGCGCCUGGCUUCCCAGUGCUUGUCCCUGAAGCCUGACCACUUGGGCUCUGACGGGGGGCUGCCCCCGGCCAAAGUGGCCGCCGUCCUCCAUUCGCCUUUGUGGAAAUCUGUCUUUAGGCACCAGCUGUGCCCACAGGAGGUUCCAGGGGCCUGUGGGCCCUCUCUCCCCGCCCCGGGGGGCAAAGAGAGUCCGAGCGCUCGGGCCGACGCCUGCCGCGACGUGCUCCUAGACUUCGCCACGGCGGCUCCUGCCCCGGCCUCGGGGGGGCGGAGCUCGGAGCUCGUCCAGGGCCUCGCCCAGGCCUGUAGGAGACAAGCCCCGCAGACGGACCGCGUUGCCGGCUCUGCUGUCGACGGAGCCGUGAAUGCCACGUUUGCUGCCUUGGUCUAUCUCACGCCGCCCUUGUACGAGAAGCUGCAGAGCUAUGUUAGCAGUGGAGGCCAGCUGGCGCUGAGUGAGGACUUUGCCCAGGUCUACGCCCUGGCCGAUGGGAUCAGGAUAUGGAUGUUAGAAAUGAAGCAGAAAUUCCUGCUGGACCAGGGAGACGAGGUGGAAGGAGAGCCUGGCGCCGAGAUGCGGGAGGUGAACCCAGAGAACCUGGCCAAACAGUGUGUUCAGAAGAGUCUUUUGUUACUUCGGUUUGUGCCUAAGGGAGCGGGGCCCAGAGGAGGGCCUCGGGACAGGCUGGCGCGUCAAGAUGAAGCUGCCCCCCUCCAGCCCCAGGGGGCCGGGCAGAAGGCAGCCUGUGUGGUAGAAGAGUACUUCCAAGCUUCAGAGGGGUCUCCUGCUCCGGGGCCCGAGAGCCCUAGCCCAGGAGGGCCCCCGAAGAAAGGGCACGACUCCCCCUUUCAGCAGGCUGAGCCUUCGCCUGCCGCUUGUGGGAAUCUCCUGGAAAGAAGCAUUUCACAGCCCGAAGAUGUAGCUUCUCCUCCGUCCACCCCAACCCGCAAACCGGGCUUCAGCCGGGGCCGCCUGAGGCUCCUGUCUUUCAGGUCCAUGGAAGAGGCCAGGCCAGUGGCCACGGUGACCGAGAAAUACCCCUGCCUCAAGGACGUGAUGGACUUCAUUAAAGACCAGACUCUUUCCCACGAGAGCGUCUUAAAGGUUCUCUCGCUGAAGAAGGCCCAAGCCCAGGGCAUCUUGGACGUCCUGAAGACAAGCCAGCAGUGCCUGGAGCCCCUCGGGCAGCCUCACUGCUUCCAUGCUGCCUGUCUCCUCUUCUUGCUGGAGCUUCUCAGCUGCCAGAAAGACUUGGCUGACUACUUGGAGCACUUGGAAGGCUGCGGGGCGGAGCUACACACAGAAAUCCGGCGCUCCUACCAUCAGCUGGUCCGGUUCUUAGUGGAUGCCGUGAAGGGCUUUGGCAAGCUGGAUGACAGGGCCUUGCUCCCUGCCUUGUCCUGCGUUCAGGCGGCCUUGCUCCAUCUUCUGGAUAUGGGCUGGGAACCCAGUGAUCUCCCCUUCUUGGUGGACAUCCAGUUGCCAGAAUUGCUCAUGACAAUGUCACAGGAAAAUAUCAGUCUUCAUGACAGUGUGAUUUGCCAGUGGAGUGAAGAAGAUGAAAUUGCUGACUACAAACAGACAUCAGAGUGGAUGGACGAGUGCCAGGAUGGGAUGUUUGAAGCCUGGUAUGAGAAGAUCUCCCAGAUGGACCCUGAAAAGCAGAGGAAAAUGCACAUGUUCAUUGCCCGGUACUGUGACCUGCUGAAUGUGGACAUCUCAUGUGACGGGUGUGAUGAGAUCGCUCCCUGGCAUCGCUACCGCUGCCUUCAGUGCCACGACAUGGAUCUCUGCAAGACUUGUUUCCUGGGUGGAGUGAAGCCAGAGGGCCACGAGGAUGACCACGAGAUGGUGAACAUGGAGUAUGCCUGCGACCACUGCCAGGGGGUGAUCGUGGGCCGCAGGGUGAACUGCAACGUGUGCGACGACUUCGACCUCUGCUACGGAUGCUACUCGGCCAAGAAGUUCUCAGACAGCCAUUUGCCCAGCCAUGGCAUCACUGUGUACCCCAUGGUGACGAUCCGCACCAGUGACCACCAGAGGCUCAUUCAGCCCUACAUUCACAACUAUUCCUGGCUGCUCUUUGCUGCUCUGACUCUGUAUACCGCCGACCUGGCCGGCGGGGGGGAGGGGGAGGGGCAGAGGCUGGGCGCCGAGGACCACCAGGCUGCUGCCACCUUACGGGAUCAGUGCCUGGAGCUCAUCGGAGACUGCCUGGUGAAGGCCCAGCGGGCCAAAGAUGGCGAGCUGCCCUCCGAGAAUGAGACUGUCCCCAAGAGCUCAUCUCGAGAUGGUGCCACAGAGAUGAAGGACAAAGCAUCCGAGAAGAUGGACAGGACAGGCCGGCCUGCAAUGGUGCCCUGCCGGGGCCAAGGAGAUGCGAAUGACGAAGCCCUGUUGCUGGGUGACACACAGGCCAGUCUGUCUUCAGUGAAGAAGCUGUCGUGCCACGUGUCACCAGGGUCAGAGAGAAGCUCUGAUGACUUGGAUGCCCUCGCAGCUGACAGGGUGCCUUUGGCCCCUCCAGGUGGAGGUCCUGUACUCUUCUCCCGUGCUUCCUCUUUGGAGACCGUGGAGGAGAACGUCACGGCCCUGAGCCCUGAGCAGGUGUUUGCGGAGUGUUCCCAGAAGAGAAUCUUGGGACUGCUGGCCGCCAUGCUGCCCCCUUUACAAUCCGGCUCCACCAUCUCCUGGGCAAACCUGGACCACAUUCUGCCCCUGAUGUUCCAAGUGGUGAUCUCCAACGCUGGCCACCUGAAUGAGACCUACCACCUGACCCUCGGCCUGCUGGGCCAGCUCGUCGUGCGGCUGCAGCCGGCAAAGGUGGACGCCGCGGUGAGCGAGGCCCUGUCGGCCAAGCACACCCUGUUGUCGGCAGGAGACGGCUCUGCCUCACCUGAAGGCUGGAAGACGGUUCACCUACUCUUCAGCCUGGGGGCCGUGUGCCUGGACAGCCGCGUGGGCCUGGACUGGGCGUGCUCCAUGGCAGACAUCCUGCGUGCCCUGCACGCCUGUCCACAGUGGCACAGCGUGGUGGCGGCUUUCACGGAUCACUGCAUGAAGCAGCUGCCCUUCCAGCUGAAGCACACCAACAUCUUCACGCUGCUUGUGCUGGUGGGAUUUCCCGAGGUGCUGUGUAUGGGGGCCCGCUCCGUGUACCUAGACAACGCCAACGAACCCCACGAUGUCAUCGUCCUGAAGCACUUCACGGAGAAGAGCCGUGUGGUGGUUGUGGACGUCAAGACUCGCAAGCGGAAAACAGUCAAAGACUGCCAGCUGGUGCGGCCCAGUGGCCCGGGCAGUGCGGCCGAGCGCGCGCCACUCCACGCACAGCUGCCCUACUUCACCUUCAUCAGCAGCCGCCUGCUGCAGGACGGCCUGGACCAAGGCUACCCGGAGGCCGUGGAGGCCACGUGGGUGCUGGCCUUGGCCCUCAAGGGCUUGUACAGGACCCUGAUGGCACACAGUUUUGAAGAAAUCCAGGCGGCCUUCCUGGAAUCAGGGUUGCUGAAGCUGCUGGUGAAGAAGUGUAGCCGAGGCACCGGCUUCAGCAAGACGUGGCUUCUGCGCGACCUGGAGAUCCUGUCCGUCCUACUGUACUCGUCCAAGAGGGAGAUGAGCGGUGGGACUGAGCAGGAAGCUGGAGCUGGGCCUCCGCAGCCGGGCAGCCCUCCGGGGGACGUGGGCCAGAGCAAACCCGACCCGCUCGAGGGCCUGGAUGAGGCCACCAAGGUCUGUUUCCUGAUGACCCACGAUGCCCUGAACGCCCCCUUGCCCAUCCUCCGGGCCAUGUACGAGCUCCAGAUGAAGAGGACAGAUUCCUUUUUCUUGGAGGUUCAGAGGAGGUUUGACGGAGACGUGAUCGCCACCGACGACAGGAUCCGUGCCCUCGCCCAGAAGUGGCAGCCCCGGAAGCGCCCCCGGCUGGAGGAGCUGAGCGCCCGCGCCGUCGACACCGACAUGAUCGUCCUGCCGUGCUGGUCGAGGCCCGCGGCCUGCGACCAGGCGGCCGAAGAGUCCGACCCCGUGACUCAGAAGCUGAUCGCCGGCACCGAGAGCGACCUGCGGCUGAGCUACGCCAAGCAGCGGAGGGCCAAGAGCGCCGGGCUGCUGCACAAGGAGCUGGGCGCCCGGGCCAAGGGCGCCGCCACACGCGCCUACCUGCAUCGCGUCAACGAGGCCACGGCCGUCCUCUACGCCCGCCACGUGCUGGCCUCCCUCCUGGCCCAGUGGCCGGAGCCCGUGCCCAUCACCGUCGACGUCCUGGAGCUCGCCAGCCCGGCCCAGAUGGCCUACAUCCUGGACACGCUCAUGCAGCUGGAGGAGAGGCAGCUGUGGGAGAAGAUCCUGGAGAAGGCGCUCCUCGGCUGCAGCCACGACAUGCUGGGCCCCGUGGCGCUCACCGCCUGCCAGUUCAUGGAGGAGCCGGGCACGGCCGUGCAGGUGUGCGAGUCCAAGCACCCCUACAGCAACAACACCACCUUCGAGGACAAGGUGCACAUCCCCGGCGCCAUCUACCUGUCCGUGAAGUUUGACCCUCAGUGCAGCACGGAGGAGGGCUGUGACGAGCUCGCCGUGGCCAGCAGCAGCGACUUCCAGCAGGACCGGCACAGCUUCAGCGGCUCCAAACAGAAAUGGACAGACUUCGAGCUUCCGGGAGACACGCUGUACUACAGGUUCACCUCGGACAUGAGCAACACCGAGUGGGGCUACAAGUUCACCGUGACGGCGGGACACCUGGGGAGGUUUCAGACAGGGUUUGAGAUUUUGAAGAAGAUGCUGUCAGAGGAAAGAGUUGUUCCCCACCUGCCCCUGGCCAGAAUCUGGGAGUGGCAGGUGGGUGUGGCUUGCCGCCAGACGGGUCACCAGCGCCUCAAGGCCAUCCACUUGCUUCUAAAGAUAGUGCAGUGCAGCACCCCCAGCGAUCUCUGUGACCUGACCCUGCUCAAGCCCCUGUGGAAGCUCUUUGCCCAGAUGGAGAAGGGUCUGUGCCAAGAUGUGGGCCAGUCCAGUGUCCUCCUGCCCCUACACCGAGCCCUCACCGAGCUCUUCUUUGUGACCGAGAACAGAGUCCAGGAGCUGGGCUCCCUCCAAGACUACCUACUUGCCUUAACGACAGACGACUACCUUCUCUGCUGCACGGCCCAGGCCCUGAGAAACAUCGCUGCCAUCAGUCUCGCCAUCAACUACCCGAACAAAUCGACCAGCGUCUGGACGGGUUAACGUGGCCGCGGGCCCCUGGGCAGAAUGCCCAGAGUGGGGACCCCCUGGCACGCUCUGGGGGGCGAGUCCUCAGCCUGGCCACACCGUGGGCGUGUACGGGGGCCUUAGUCCCAACGAACCGCGGGAGGGCUGGCGAGACGUCACCGUGGAAGGUCGCUUGGGAAGGCGAGGAAAGGAUGGCCUGGACAGGGCUGCUGGGGGGCAGCCCUCGGGCUCCGUCCAAGCCAUGCUUCUUGCGGUUCACUUUUAUUUCUUUAGGCCACAGGCAGACGAGGGACCUUCUGUGAACCAAGCCAGCCAGACCCCAGCGGGCCUGAGCCUUGCUGCCUGACGUGGCCAAACCUCCCCUCGUUCCCCGCGGUGUCCCCCCAUCCUCCCUCAUGAGAUUCACAGACUAAGCAGCGCAGAUUCCCCUUGGGGCUCUCUGUGUGCAUUUGCCCCUCAGGACACACCAACUUCUGGGGAGGGUGCAGGGCCUGAGCCAGUCCCCUGUGAAAGCUGAAAGCAUUUCCCAUGAUUCUUUUCCCCUCCGUUCCCAGCCAUUUCAGACUUCCCAAGGUCCCGAGCAGUCCCGAGCUCCGUGGUGUGGCACGAGGCUCACCCUUUGGGCCGGAGGGGCCCACGAGUUCUCACUGCCCAGCACUGUCGGGGCCGUCCGACUGGGGAAUGUGGAACUCGGCUGCUGUGGCUCUCGCAGCUGGUCAGAGUGCUGUGAGGCCCCAGCAUGGCGUAGGCCACAGCAUUGAUAGGAACAUCCAGGCCCAGGUCCGAGGAACGGAUCGACAGGGCUUCGGUGUCUCCUGUUCCUCAUAGUCCAAGACGUCCCUGAUGGAAGCCAAGAAUGUUGGUGCAGAAACUCGAGCAGGACAGACUAGCUUGGCCAAGCAAGCCCGGGAAGGAAAGGCCGCUCGCUCCCUGGGAUCCCGCUUCAUUCCCCACCAGGAGCCCAGAGUCCCCGGCUCCAGAGUGUUCCGAGGGGUCCACUUUGGACGGGAUCGCGCCUUUAUCCUCCCAGCCCUCCCUGAAGACCUUCCCCUGGCCCCAGACUUGGAGCUUGGACUUCCUGAACCCAGGCGCCAUCUUGAGUCCCCACCUGGGCUCGGGGCGGCUUCAGGACCCUGGCAGAGGCCUUUGUGUUUUCUUUCUAUCAGGAAGAUCAAUUGUAGUAAAUCCUGAACUCAUGGCCAGGCGGCCCCUUCUAGAAGCUUUUUCUUCCCCCAAGGGCCAAGUCAGCUGACGGCCUUCCCUUUCCAUUGGCCCUGGGGCGGGUUCUACUCUGCCCACUCGGACAGGAGAGAGUAACAUGGGAUUCACACUGCCUUAUAGCUGAUGCCCGGGAAUUCUCCCAGAGCCAGUGAGGCCGGUGGGGGACGUAGGGGCCGGGCUUUGCGAAAGGUUUGCUAGAACUCCGUGCCUGAUGAAGAUUAAAGCAAUUCUUUGUUCUCAAUCAAUUACGAUGGCAAAACUCCCAGCGCUGCUGCUGAGACGGGACUUCCUUUCAUUCAACUCCGUUUUCCAUUUCUUCUCUUACGGGUUUCCUCUUUGGGAUUUGUAUCUGGUUGGAAAGAGCACUUCGUCGAGGAUACCAGCCGAGCUCAGCCUGAAAACAAGCUGGCGGGGGGUCAUCUACGACGCAGAGAAAUAUAUUGUACAAAUUCUAUAUAAAAAAAGAACCACG